AUGGCUGAUAAAACAGGAUUUGGGACAACUCCUUGUCGGAAGUACUCAUUAGCAAUGUUAAUAAUUAGCGCUCUUUUCAUAUUCGGGAAUUUUAUUUACUCGAUAUUCUUAUGUAUAAGACACUACACAACAAAUAAUCCAAAUACAAAAUCAGAUCAACCAUCAGGUCAACACUUGAACUGGGCAAAUCAAGGUGUAUCAGUAACUGUGGUGCAACAGGGAAUAGCUGGAACACCACUGCAUCAGGGAAUAUCUGUACCACCACCCCAAGAGGGAACAUUUGGACCAUGGCCCCAAUACGGAAUAGCUGGACCACCAGUCCAUCAGGGAAUAGCUGGACCACCGCCCCAAUACGGAAUAGCUGGACCACCACUCCAACAGGGAAUACCUGGACCACCGCCCCAGUACGGAAUAGCUGGACGACCACUCCAACAGGGAAUAGCUGGACCACCACCCCAACAAGGAAUAACUGGACCACCACCCCAACACGGAAUUGCUGGACCACCACUCCAACAGGAAAUAGCUGAACCACCGCCCCAACAGGAAAUAGCUGGACCAUCGCCCCAACAGGGAACAGCUGGACCAUCACCUCACCAGGGAAUGGCUGGUCCAUCACUACAACAGGGAAUAGCUGAACCACAACCUCUUCCCCAGCAAUCAAAAAGUGCAGAAGUUCCAAUGUCUGGCACUCCAAGAAUUCCAGCAGAUCCUUAA